AUGGCGUCGACGGGCGACGCGUCGACGGUGACGGAGACAUUCUUCUUGGACGAUUUCGCGGUGCGACAGUGGGACGACGAGCGAUACAGCGGCACGCGGAUCGCGCACGACAAGGCGGACUUCGUGCGAAAGAUUCAAGAGGCGCACGAGAGCGGGAAGUCGCCGUUGGUGGAUGGGUACGCGCCGUUUUGCAAACACGUGUUUGUGGAAAAUUUCGUCGGCGCCAAGGUCGGCAACGUGGAGAUUACGAAAUCGAACGAACACCUGUUGAAGAGCGGAUACAGCGCGCGAUCUGAGGCGGAAUUAGCGGUUCUCACGCGAUGGUUUCAAGCGUCGGACGUGGAAGCGCCGGAGGCGACGCAUUUGGAUGUGAUUUUGUACUCGCGCGAGCAGUUGGAGCUCGAACGCGCGGCGGUGCCGAGUAAGAGCGAGCGACCGCCGUUGCCGAACGCGCCGUGGGGGAUCAUCAGCGUCAAGGCGCAGAGCGAGGAUUACGAAACGCCCAUGCAACCGAUCACGAUGAUGCGGAACGCUUUAGGUCGCGAGCAAGGCGGUUCGGGGGUGCCGCUCGAGAAGGAUAAGUACGACGCCUCCGUGGCGUACUGGGCGAAUCACGCCCCGAUCGUCGCCUCCGAGGACGGCGCCGCGGGGGACUGA